AGCCAGUGUGGGUUGAGAGCUGUGAGUAACCUGCCAGGUCUUCCCUUGUGUACACACAAGAUGAUCGUUUGGCCUAAUUAAUAAUUUAAACUUGAGAAGAGGAGAGCCAGUUUUGCAUAUUAAUAUUACAUCAAUCUAUCCAGAGGUCUCUGGCAUCCUUGAGAUAAUUAAUUCUAGUAAUAAAUAACUUGAACCGCCUGGAGAAAAAGUGACUUAAUUGCAGACAGAUGAGCUGCUAACGUUUUGAAGAUACAUAGAAGCUGUUAUCUUAACUCUGUUUCAUUGUAUAGUUAUGUUGUAUCGUUGUGGGAUGAGAGUGUUAAUGGGAGGGAGCAGGAUGGGGAAGCUCCUUCCCUAUAACAACUCCCGGCUCUCCCCCACACCAUUACUUCUAGUCUCCCCCUGCAACUUCUCCCUGGUCGUCCUUGGUGGUGAACUACCCGCACCACGCUGUUACUACGCCAGCUGCAGUUACUGUGCAGCUCCUGUACUCAACGUUCCUCGCUGCUCCACUCUCCAGUCUUCUCUCCCAACUCGUUCAAUCUCCACCAUGGCGACAAACUUCACAGAGGAGAAGGCAAAGUACACUCCACCUGACAACUUAAAGACAAAAUAUACAGUCGAUGAAAUCCACCGCUACAUGGUAGACUGCAUGAUGGCUGUAGGGACGCCCAGGCAACACGCUGCUGCCUUGGCUGACGUUCUCGUUGCUGCUGACAACCGUGGUCACUAUAGUCAUGGUCUUAACAGGCUAGAGAUGUACGUGAAUGAUGUGAAGCAGAAGGUGUGUGAUGGAGGCGCAGUCCCUUCCAUUACCAAGGAAAGUGUAUCCACCGCGCUAGUGCAUGGUAACAAUGGCCUUGGGCCUGUUGUUGGCAACUUCUGCAUUGAUCUCGCUAUUAAAAAAGCUAAAGAAACGGGCAUUGGCUGGGUCUGCACUCGAGGAAGUAAUCAUUAUGGCAUUGCUGGCUGGUAUGCUCUGAGAGCCACCAGGGAAGGUCUUCUGGGUAUGAGUUUUACCAACACUUCGCCCCUUGUUGCCCCAACACGUGCCAAGAAGGCAGCUUUGGGAACUAAUCCAUUGGCCUUAUCAGCACCAGCAAAGAAUGGAGACAGUUUUGUGCUCGACAUGGCAACCUGCGUCGUGGCUGUGGGUAAAAUGGAGGUUGAGCGCCGGAAGGAGAAGCCUAUUCCAGAAGGCUGGGCUUUGGACAAGGAUGGUAAUCCUACUACUGAUCCUGAAGAAGGUAUAAAAGGUGCACUCAUGCCCCUUGGAGGACCAGAGCUCCACUCUGGUUAUAAAGGUUAUGGUCUUGGCAUGUUAGUGGAAAUCUUCUGUGGUAUUUUAUCAGGUGGUCAGUAUGGUCCAAAUGUUCGAAGAUGGAUGAAUACAGAUAGAGAGGCAGACCUGGGGCAAUGUUUUGUGGCUAUUGAUCCUGCUUUCUUUGCACCGGGAUUUGAAGACCGCAUGAGUGACUUAAUGAAUUACUGUCGUGGCAUGGAACCAGCUGAUGCAGAAAAGCCAGUCUUGGCUGCUGGUGAUCCUGAACGUUCACACAUCAACAAGGUGAACAGAGAGGGCGGCAUCACGUAUCACAUAAACCAGAUCACUGACUCGUGGAGACUUGCUAAAGUUCUGGGUGUGCAGCCGAUGCAGUGACUGACACUUCCAGUGACAUGAGAUUAGUGAGACACCUUCUAGAACUGCAGUGUUCAUUCUGAGUUUGCACUUUAAACAGCUUUAGCAGCAAUAAUUUUUUGUAGCUUGCACUUUGAAAUUAAGACACAUGUGCAACAUCUGGGUAUCUUUAUUGUAGACGUUUCGCCAUCCAGUGGCUUUAUCAAUACAAAUUUCAGGACAUAACUUGAAGAUAGUAGAUAGUGGAUGGCGAAACGUCUACAAUAAAGAUACCCAGAUGUUGCACAUGUCUUAAUUUCAUCUUGUCGGUAUUGUAUACCAUUCUUGUACAGCUUGCACAUUUUUUUUUGGGGGGGGAUGGGGGGUGUAAAUGAAACAUGGUAUACACUUCGGCAUUGACAUUUUUAAAAUUGAUUUUCUCUGGUUAUGUAUCUGAGGGAAAGAAAGGAAUGGGGAGGUUUGAGCUCAGAGAAAGUGGCUGUUAGAAACAAGUCUUGUGUUGUAUCGAAACUGAUUCCCUGUUUUCAUGAACUUAAUCUUUUGUUCAGCAUCUUGGAGUCGUAUUGAAUUUUAAAUUUAACAUAAUGUAUCAUAUUUUAAUGACUUUUAACACAAAUGGUUUUUAAAAGGCAUCAUUCCAGUUGCUGAUAGUUAAUGUAUAAGGUAGUAAAUCAUUGCCAAACAUUAAUUAGAGAUAACAUUAAUAUGCUUAAUAAUUGCAAGUUAGUGUGAUGAUUAUCUCGUGGAAAUUCCGUAUCUAUUUAGUCAAAGUACCUCAGUAAAUUUUAUUUGACCCAGUACGUUAGGGUAGAAAAGUAUAAUCACAUCCCAUCACAGUUCCUGGUCAUCUUUAUCCUCACAACCAUACCACGGGCUAGAUGAACCCGCGGUCAGAGAUCUCAAGCUCCAGACCGCGCGGUUAUCCUCACAAUAUUUCCACCGCCUUAAUCCACGCACUGCUGGCUCCACACUCUUUUAUUCGUCUUUUAUUAGGUUAUGUAGCUGAACGUGCAUAAUAUCAAGAAUUUAGAAUAAGAAUUUCAAUUUUUUUUUACACAGGUUCACCUCGUCUCUUUUGUUGUCCUAAAUUUUUUGCUAUUUUUGUUAAAAAUCUUAUAUUCGAAUAACUUUUUUUUAGCUAUUAUGACACUAAAAUUAUAAAAUA